CAUGGAAAAACGUCGAUAAGUGUCAUGCUCUUCGGCAUCGCAAAGGAGAAGUCUGAAAUCUAGAGGUAUCGUCAACGAGAGGAAGAAGAUCGAGGGAAAGUGGAUCGAAGUUGUUGUCAAAGGAUCGCGUCAGGCGAUCUCGAUCUCGUCGUAUUAACUAAUAGUCUCAGGUUAUAUCAAGCUUAACGAGAGAGAGUGAGAGAGAGAGAGAGAGAGAUGGAAAAGCAAGAGGGUGGGCACCCUUCCAUAUGCGAAGAUCGAGUUCACAGAAAGCACCGAUAGUCACGGUUCUCGAGCGUUAGGAAUAGCAGCCGGUCAUUUAAAAAUUGUUUCAGACUGACAAAUGGUGUUAGCAUUUUUCCUCGGUCUAUGUAUCGCUUCUGCGGUUGGAUUACGUGGUCCACAUCAUCCAAGAAGCUCCGUUUCUCAUCAUCAUUACUCGCCUCAUAAAGGUGUUAAAUUGACGCAAGAUACCGAAUUGCUUCACGAUGCCACUCACUUGAAGGAAGACAUGGGACCGAUAGCGUCCCAGCUUGAUUUUUCGAAAAUGAGCGAACAGGAGAUUGAAUUCCAUUACUUCAAAGUGCACGAUAUCGAUAAUAAUACAAAAUUAGAUGGCCUUGAAAUUCUUCAUGCCAUUCAACAUACAUUUCACGAACAUAAUGUGGUCGAUGAAGAUGGUAGAAGUUUUGUGGAUGAUGAGCCACAAAUACAAGAAGACGAAUUGCCACGGAUCGUAGGUUUUAUAGACAGAGUAUUGGAAGAAGAUGAUUUGGAUAAUGAUGGUUAUUUAGGAUACGUUGAAUUUGUUUUGGGAAGGCGAAAGGAUCAUAUUACCCAAGCAAAAAGAAUUGGUAGAAAUAAUAUUAAAAAAUAAAAGGACGACCAUGCUCAUUCGUAAAUAUAAAUAUUCUUUAAAAUCGACAAUUCACACGUAUCUCUUUUAUAACAUUGAAUAUGACUUUAAGCACUGUCAACAGAAAUAUUAUAUUCCGUAGAUAAUAUUAAAAUAUUUUUAGUUAGACAAUUUUUGUAUUUAUAACUGUGCCAGUUGCAUAAUUAAAUAUUUAAAUGUA